GACAAGACAGAAUUACAGAGUUCUGUGUUAUAUAUUGCAAACAGAAAUUUGCCUAAGAACAAUGAACAGAUGUUAUGUUUAAAGUGUCAAGACUAAACGACUGUGUAAAAUGUGUCAUUUUAGGAAGAUAAUGCAACCAGAACUUCCAUUCUCCUCGCGACGCUCACCCGUUGUAUGUUUAAAUGGCUGCGUUGCUUCGAGUCAGACUUUGGCGUCAGUAAUUGGGCUUGAUAUUCUGAGGAGAGGCGGCAAUGCAGCCGACGCUGCCGUAGCUGUCGCGGCCGCUCUCGGCGUAACAGAACCCUGCAGCACCGGUGUUGGCGGAGACUGCUUCUGUCUCUUCUAUGACGCCCGCACCGGGCAGGUGCGCGGGUUGAACGGGAGUGGCCGAUCCCCCAGAGCGUUGACCCUUGACCUGUUGAGCGGUUUGGGUUUCAGUGAGGCCCAGCCGCCCUCAGUCUUCCACGCCCUCAACGUCACUGUCCCAGGUGCAGCCGCCUGCUGGUGCGAUACUGUCCAGCUGUUCGGGAGUAAAAAGCUCACGCUGGGGGAGGUUCUGGAGCCUGCCGCAGAGCUGGCUGAGAGGGGAUUCCCCGUGGCUGAGAUCACCGCACACGACUGGGCGAGGUGGUCAAAGGCCCUGAAGGACGAUGGGAAGGCACUGGGUGGAGACUUCCUCAUCAACAACCAACCGCCCAAACAUGGCCAGUUGUUCGCUAACCCCACGCUGGCUCGCACCUACCAGGAGUUGGCCCGGAGUGGGAAGUCCGGUUUUUACGAAGGAAGGAUAGCGGAGGCCAUAGUCGAUGUUGUUGGGCAGAACGACGGGGUGAUGACCCUCGAUGACCUGAAGAACCACAGCAGCACUGAAGUCCAGCCCGUUUUCACUGAUUACAAGGGGGUGAGACUUUGGGAAUGUCCUCCCAACGGGCAGGGAAUAGCGGCACUCAUUGCCCUCAACAUCCUGGAACACUUUCCCAUGAAAGAGAUGGGACACAACACCAGCGGCUACCUCCACGUCCUGACGGAAGCCUUCAAGCUCAGCCUGGCUGACGUGAUCCACUUCUGUGCCGACCCCGAGAAGGUCAAAGUGCCUGUGGAGGGACUCCUGUCCAAGGCCUACGCUGGCCAGCGUGCCCAGCUCAUAAACAUGCAGACGGCGGGCGUUAACGAGCACGGGGCUCCUCCAGGAAGUGACACGGUGUACUUCGCUGUCGUGGACGUGGAGGGGAAUGCCUGCUCCUUUGUCAACAGCACGUACUUGGGCUUCGGGACGGGCCUGGUUCCGGAGAACUGCGGCUUUUCUCUUCACAACAGGGGAGCCAACUUCUCCCUGGACGGUAGUCAUGGAAACUGCGUUGGGCCGGAGAAGAGGCCCUACCACACCAUCGUGCCGGCGUUGCUGACGGACGCUGUUUCUGGGCGGCUGCUCUGUUGCUAUGGAGUGAUGGGGGCCUUCAUGCAGCCUCAGGGACACGUGCAGGUGCUGCUCAACAUGCUGGAGUUUGGGAUGAACCCACAGAAGGCUUUAGAUGCUCCACGCAUAUAUGUAUACUAUGACAAGACUGAUGGGCAGUGGAAGUUGAGCGUGGAGGCCGGUGUGGAGCAGGGCGUGGCAGAGGAGCUGGGGAGGCGCGGACACGCCGUGGUCGGGCCGGUGUCAGGGCACCAGCGAGCGCGGUUCGGGCGGGGGCAGGUCAUCGCUGUGGGGUGCUGGUGGGACCCAGACGCCUCGGAGGCUGAAACAGAUGCCAGGGUGCUGUGGGCGGGGUCGGACCCCCGGGCGGACGGCUGUGCUCUGGGGUACUGACCAACCGAGAGGAACCUAAAAUUACCUCAAUUACAUAUGUAUACCUCAUAAAUCAUAAAAAACAUAUUUUUACUCAUGAAAAAUGAUUGGCUACUGUGCAAUGAAUAAAAAAAGAAUGUUUCAA